AUGUCGACAUUCACGAACGGACAAUCAUAUCAUGGUGUCGAAGCUGGCCGGACCAUAACUUCGCACUUUGCCACACUUUCAGCCUCAUUAUGCUCGAUUUACGAGCACUUGAAACUCAUCACGAUGAUCAAGAAUAUCAGCAGUAUAGAUCUCCGCAUUCGGCCGCGACAGGAAACUUCUCACUUGCGUCCAAGCCAGGACCGAUACGUGGCCGAUAGUGUCGCACGCCGCAUCUUUAAGCGCUCUGCUCAUGCUCCCAAAGGAGCUCACGAAGAGACCAUAUUUACUGCGCAUCGUGCGAAUCGUACCGACAGUCUGAGAAGUGAAGGCUCUUCGUCACUGGGCAGCUUCGCGACACCCGAAGUGGCCAACAUAAGCCAUACCAGCGAGCAAAAGUAUCGGAAGGAGCUUCAAGAUGGACGGUCUGCGUUGUUGCGAUCCAUGAACAGUGCCCGACAUAUUGAGCGGGUCCCAUAUCUGAUACUGGACGAGAGGAUCUCGAGCCAGCUCCAAGAAUAUGCUGAGUGCAUUUCCAUCUUUGACGCCUUAUCAAUGGACUCUAGCAAUGAGGAGCUCAACGACACGACUGUCAUACCUACCCCGCUGCAAGAUUCCAUCCGCCUCGUCAGUCCAUCUGGUCUUGGUGGACUAGCGUGUGCUGAGCUCUGGUGUGGUGGGAAGUACAAGCGCCACGCUAUGACCCGCGUGAACGAUCGCGUGCACCCGAGAGACUGUGUGUGUCAUCUGCAUAUUGUGUGGCAGCAUAUCGUCGACUCCACGCAUAGGUACGUCGGUAUCGGCAGAAGUGAAGAUGGCAGGUGGCUGGUGGAGCUACGAAAGGACGAUAAGGUGAAGAGUGAUCUCCCAUGCACGACUGUAAGCACACAACCAGUCAUCAAUGCCUCGUCGUGGAGAUCAAAGUCCGUGGUGGCAAGGAAGCCGCUAUCACUCCCAUCUACUGCACCACCACCACCACCAUUACAUCCAGGAGCAAGAAUCUCCUUUCUGGCGGAGCGACCGAGGAGAUGGGACUCCUUGCCAGGCUUCAACGCACGGCCAUACUUGAACACCCUUGUUGAGGAUGACUUUCUAACACCUGCGACCUCAAUUCUCAACCUGAAGGCACGAAUUCUUAGUCGUGCAUCAAGCUGGGAGACUAUGCUGCCUACACCACGAAUCUCGACGGCUGAAGCUCCACAAAUUCUAGUAAAUGGGAUAUCAAAUAGCACGAUUAGCAGAUCUUCGAGCUGGGAGACUCUGAACACCAUGCGAGAGCUUUCACUGCAGAUAUUACAGCAUGAGCAAAAGAGCGAUGAUGCCACGGCUCUCCGGCCCCAUAGUAUUUAUUUUCGUGCCUCUGCGUCGGCAAAUAUGACCGUGCGGCCAUUAUCAGUCGUCAAGAAAAGCCAUUGCAAGAUCGCUGGGAAGCCAAGUUUUGGAUCCAUGAGUACGCUUGCAAGUGAGAACGAGGAGCUAUGGUGUGAUUAUGUAGGUGGGAGGGCUAGUGGUGGCUGGGUCACUUCGGCACGAUGA